GUGUCUCCGGAUGUUGUCAGCUUUUCAGCCGCGAUCAGUGCCUGUGAGAAGGGCUUGCAGUGGCAGCAAGCUUUGCACUUUCUGCAGGUACAAGAAGAGGCGGGCGGAAUGGACCUGGUGAGCUGCAAUGCGGCGAUCAGCGCCUGCCGCAAGGUUUGGCAGCAGGCGCUGAAUCUGCUGGCGGAGAUGCCAUUGAAGAAGCUCCAGGCGGACGUGGUCAGCUUUAGCGCGGCGAUUUCGAGCUGCCGCUGGGAACUUGCGCUACAUCUUCUUCUGGGAAUGCCUGAAGCGCAGGUCCAGCCCAACGUGGUCAGCUUCAACGCUGCCCUGGCCAACACGCCGGGCCAACAUACCGCAGAGCUCCUCGCGCUCAUGGCCCGACGGCAGGUGCGUCCCAGCGGCCUGAGCUUCGGUGCCGCCAUGGGCGCCUGCGAGCGGUCCAGCCACUGGCGCCACGCCCUGGACCUGCUGAGCACGGCGAAGACAUUUUCCCUUCUGGAAACGUCGCUGGUGAAGGCCGUGGUGAGGUUGGGCUCCAAGCAACGUGUGGUUGGGCCGUUGGGGUUCCUCCAGGCUUUGGAUGACGAUCUCUGCACCUUCGAGGUGCGAGGACAGAGAGGCGGGCAGACGGCCCCAGAUUUCAGGUGCUGCUGUGGCCCCUUUUGCUACAUUGCCACUGUCUUCCUAUGGGCAGGCAUGACCUUCAACAAGGCAUCGAAGUCUGCUGCCGGCAUACGGCUGCCCCGGGAGGAGCGUCAGAAGCAAGUGGACUCAGUGCGGGAGCUCUUCAAUUGGAACCCCGAUCGCAUCGCCGCGGCGAAGUAUCACAGCCCGGCUAUGGCUCAGGAUGGCUGGGACCUGGAAAUGCAGCGCUUGGUGGAGAUGCAGGAGCUUCUGAGGACGCAGCUGUCCCCUCGAAGUCUCAAAGGACGCGGAGCUUCGCCCGGCCCGCGCUCUUCGACCCCGGGGCGUGCUGGAGUUGGCGGUUCCCGGCGGCCUCGGCCCUCCAGCGUGCCGUAUGGAGGUCGCAGAGUCCAUGAGGAGCGGCGAGACGCUCGGGCCUCGCGUCGUUGCGGCUGUGGGACUUCGAUGAGCCGGCCCCUCCACUGUCCCUGCAGAGAUUGGCGCCUUGGCCGCGCUCAACAUCAGCAGCUGGUGGAAGAGUUCCGCGAUGUUCGGGAGAUGUACCACUUUCUGCGAGGUUAA